UGUAGUCCAGGGCAGGGCUUACUUCUUGUCCGACUCACCGUGUAGCAAGAACUGAUAUUGAAGUUCACCAACGUGCAAAAAGUUUCAUAACGAAAUCUCGAAAAAGUGACAGAAGUAAAUAUCGCGAGAUCUAAGACUUCGCUUCCUAGACCGUGCCCAACCAGGAGUUGGCUAAGCUAACAACAUAGCAAACUCAGCCGCUUUCCCACUUUGUUCAGGGACGCUACGUUCGUAGUAAGCGGCUGCUUUUGUGGGGAAGGAACUUGGAAAUUAAUAUUUAUUUGUUCCUGAAGUGCUGUCAAGGUCCAGGAGAGCUAGCUAACGUCUUUAGUAACUGUUCGCUAACUGAUAAGAACUGCAUGCGAUUCAUUGAGAUACAGGUUGACGUUAGCUGAUGGAUAGAUAGCCUCUUCAGGUGACGACGAGAAGCGCGGUUAUUCGUUUUUAUUCAGCUUUACAGUCCUUGUGUGUAACUUGGCAGAAGCUACAGUCUCUGUAAGUGAAUUUUAAGUUAAAGAGUUGUAGGUUGGCGUUAGCUAGCUCCCAUGCUGCUGUAUUUUUCGGUUAGCCUUGGCUAACUGGGCUCUUUAGCUUGUUAUGCUCAUAUUUAAGCUCGGAAAUUGUAGGCCUCUUUCUUGACACUUGUUUCUUCUAAUUACGUGCGAGCGUGUUGCAUAGAGCAUUACGUCCAUUUUUGUGAACUGAGGUAACUAACUUAGAACAGCUAGCUAGCUAGCACACGAAUUAACUAAGUAGUUAGCUUGCAGGAGCACCUGUUAACUCGAGCCGUACAGCCAGUUAUUAUCAGCUUGGGCUGCCUCAGAUCAGCGAGAAAUCGCUGCUGCAUUCAGGAACAAUAGCAAAGACUUCGGUUUUGAAUUUUAACUCAUUUUACUGUGUUUAUGCUCUGAAUGUUCAGUGGCCUGAUGAGAAUUUAGUGAGCUCCAUGUCAGUGUCCAAUCACAGUCUCUGCUCGUCAAGGCUACUUUAUCUACUAAUUUGCAUGCCGGUUUAAAAAAAAAAAACUUCUUGUCCGGAUAGUUAAGUUGAACAUGGCCCCCAAAAAAAGACCAGGACCCAUAGUCAUAGGCGGCACUGGAGAAGCACAGACCACAGGCUCAAAUAUAGGUGCUGCAUCAGAAGCAAACCUAGAGGCUCUUCAGAAGAAACUAGAGGAACUUGACUUGGAUGAGCAGCAGAAGAAGCGUCUGGAGGCCUUCCUCACGCAGAAAGCCAAAGUAGGAGAGUUAAAGGACGAUGACUUUCAGCGCAUCUGUGAGCUAGGAGCAGGAAAUGGUGGUGUGGUUAAUAAAGUCUGCCACAAGCCCUCUGGACUGAUCAUGGCCAGAAAGCUGAUUCAUCUUGAGAUCAAGCCAGCAAUCAGGAACCAGAUCAUUAGAGAACUGCAAGUCCUGCAUGAGUGUAACUCUCCCUAUAUAGUGGGCUUUUAUGGAGCCUUCUACAGCGAUGGAGAAAUCAGUAUCUGUAUGGAGCACAUGGAUGGAGGCUCCUUGGAUCAGGUACUAAAAGAGGCUCGGAGAAUUCCAGAAGAAAUCCUGGGCAAAGUCAGUAUAGCUGUUUUAAGAGGUCUUGCUUACCUUCGAGAAAAGCACCAAAUCAUGCACAGAGAUGUCAAACCUUCAAACAUACUGGUGAAUUCACGAGGGGAGAUCAAGCUGUGUGAUUUUGGAGUGAGUGGCCAGCUCAUUGACUCCAUGGCUAACUCUUUUGUAGGCACAAGGUCAUAUAUGUCGCCGGAGAGACUGCAGGGCACUCAUUAUUCAGUGCAGUCGGAUGUGUGGAGUAUGGGGCUGUCUCUGGUGGAGCUGUCAAUUGGCCGCUACCCCAUCCCUCCCCCCGAUGCCAAGGAGCUGGAGGCCAUUUUCGGGCGGUCGACGAUGAACGUAGAGGAGGGAGGAACGCAGAGCACGUCACCACGACCUCGACCUCCAGGGAGACCUGUCAGCGGGCAUGGACCAGCCAUGGCUAUAUUUGAGUUGCUGGACUACAUAGUCAAUGAGCCUCCACCAAAACUGCCUCAUGGAGUCUUCACUUCAGACUUCCAGGACUUUGUGACCAAAUGUCUCAUCAAAAAUCCUGCAGAUAGGGCAGAUCUGAAGAUGCUGAUGAACCACACGUUUAUUAAGCGCUCAGAGGUGGAAGAGGUGGACUUUGCAGGCUGGUUGUGUAAAACUAUGGGCCUCAACCAACCCAGCACACCCACCCGGACAGCUGAAUAACUGAAUGAGAGAAACUCUUUCAAUUUCCCCCUAAAACACACACAUGCACAGAUUCAAUCUUUCUCUUUUCCUUCUCUCUCUUGUUUGUCACCCUGCCACAUUUUUGCACACAGUUCUCAUUUACAGAGUGAUCUGUAUAUGCGCC